AAUGAUGUUAGGAUAAAGCGUGGUGAUGGUGAAGAAGGUAAAAAGGAGAUGAGCACAGUGAACCAUAAAAGAACAAAUCAUAUGAAAGAAGAUAAACCAACAAACAUACCUGAAAGUUUUGAUAAGGAGAGAAUUAGUAGUCUAAUAGAGUAUAAUUAUAUAUAA